CCAGAGAUAAAUGACAGCGAGGGUCACCCAAGCAGCAGCCAGCAAACCUUGAAAGGAACCUCAAAAUGGGCUACAUCACUGGAGAACCUCCUUGAAGAUCCAGAAGGAGUGAAACAAUUUAGGGAGUUUUUAAAGAAAGAAUUUAGUGAAGAAAACGUUUUGUUCUGGCUAGCAUGUGAAGAAUUUAAGAAAACACAGGGCAAAAAACAGAUGCAAGAAAAAGCUAAAGAAAUUUACAUGACUUUCCUGUCCAGUAAAGCUUCCUCCCAAGUCAAUGUCGAAGGACAGUCCCGUUUGAGUGAGACCAUCUUGGAGACACCUCACCCUCUCAUGUUUCAGAAGCUCCAGGACCAGAUAUUCAAUCUCAUGAAAUAUGACAGCUACAGCCGCUUCUUAAAGUCAGACAUAUUCCUAAACCAUAAGAAGUGUGAGGAGCAAGAGGAGAAUUCACCAGAGGCUCAGACUGCAGCUAAAAGAGCAUCGAGAAUUUACAACACAUGAUAUGACGGAUCUCUUCGGGAGAGGCAAUCCAAUAAUGAAAUUACACUCAGGAACAGUCUAGGUUUAUAGCAAUUGCAUUUAGGGCUUGGAAAGCUCAAAACCUUUUUUAGGAGAUACUUACCUUCUUAAUUGCUUGAAUGACUAAUUGUUUUUGCAUGAUAGCUAUUAACCAAGCA